AACCAACCAUACAGAAUGUUCCACAUUGGAAUCUACAUCCGACGUUCUGCACUAGUGGGCCUACUGAAAAAGUGUUGAUCAGUUUACUUCGAAAAUUAUUUAAUAUCUUUUUAUCAAUUUUAUGUGAAUUAAUUUGAUUCUUCGACACCAAAUUUCUGAAACGUUAACGGAUUUUCAAUCGAAAUGGAUUUUAUGAGGAACCCUACAUCGCCUGAGCGAUCGCGUUUCAGUAUGGAAGGGCUGUUGGACUUCUCUGCGUUAGAGAAGCCAGUGAAAGCCCAUUUAACGCGUGUUUAUGGCGCUUUAUCAAUGGCCUGUUUGGUGUGCACAGCUGGUGUGUAUUGCACACUCCAGGGCAUCAUUCCAGCGUUUCUGGCCGGAAACUUCCUGUUCAUCCUGGCCAUUUUCGGCAUGACCAUCGCUCUGGUGACGAUGGAGCCAACUAUGCAGAACCAAGAUAAACGAAUGGGUCUCUUCAUGGGAAUCGCAGCUAUGAUGGGAAUCAACAUGACACCCUUGAUUCAGACGGUUAUCCAGAUCAAUCCACAGAUCAUAUUUACGGCCUUAUUGAUGACAGCGACCAUUUUUGUGUGCUUCACGUUGGCAUCGCUUUUAUCCGGCAAUGCCCGAAGCUUCUUAUACCUCGGAGGAAUUCUCAUGUCAGGUCUAAGCUCCCUGAUGAUCAUUCGUUUGAUCGGGAUGUUGACUGGAUGGCGAAUGGCAAUGGAUGUGACAUUGUACCUUGGAUUGGCACUCAUGUGUGGAUUCAUCCUUUUCGACACGCAGAUGAUCGUCAUGAAACGCCGAAUGGGAGACACGGAUUACAUUAAACAUGCGUUGGAUCUCUUCAUUGAUGCCGUCAGUCUUUUCAAGCACAUUCUGGUGCUUUUGGCACAAAAAGACGAGCAACGAAACCGAAAACGUCGCAGUAAUUAAAACUUGACCGAUGUUACGAAGUGUAGUCUGUCUGGAAUUGUAUCUAUUAUUCCAUUUUAUGAACCAGCAUACCUAGUUAUAGUACCAAGCCGGACGAUGUGAGCUUGUGAGGCUUUUAUUUCUUUAUCGCGCAUGUGUCAAAUAACUGCCGCAUUAUUUUGUGUGCAGCGCAAAAUUUGAUUUUGUCAGUUUACUGUAAUUGUCAGUGUUCGCAUUCUGGGACUGAACGUAAGCACAUAGAGUAAGUACUUUUUAGAAAUCCGUUUUCUGCUUUAGAUCCUGUAAUGUUUAUUUAAAGCGCUGUUAGUGCGAGCCAAGAUGUGAAAUUAAAAGAUGAAUAAUGCAA